AUUAACUUAAACACUCUUCCAAAUUAUUCCUUCUCCACUCUCUAAACAUGGUGCUUUUCCUGACCAUUUUGUCUUUCAUCCAUCUCUUAUAUCUUCUCUACAUUAUAAUCAACUUUCUUGAUAGUAAAAGGCACCAAAAAUGUUACUUGUUGGAUUACCAGUUGUACAAACCCUCUGAUGACCGAAAACUUUCAACCGAAUUUUGUGGUGAAGUCAUUAAGAGGGCUAAAAAUCUUGGUCUAAAUGAGUACAAGUUUCUUCUUAAAGCAAUUGUUAGUUCCGGCAUUGGUGAGGAAACAUAUGCUCCAAGAAUGGUGUUUGAAGGCCGUGAAGAAAACCCGACUUACCAAGAUGCAAUUAUUGAGAUGGAAGAGCUUUUUGAGUACACCAUUGGAAGACUUUUAAGGCGAACCGGGAUUUCACCUUUGGAGAUUGAUGUUUUGGUGGUUAAUAUCUCAAUGUUGGCUUGUAUGCCUUCGUUAUCGAGUCGAAUUGUGAAUCGAUACAAAAUGAGGGAAGAUAUUAAGACCUAUAAUUUGUGUGGGAUGGGGUGUAGUGCAAGUUUGGUUUCUUUAAAUGUUGUUGAAAGCAUUUUUAAGUCAAAGAAAAAUCAAUUGGCUAUGGUGGUGACAUCUGAAUCUUUGACUCCAAAUUGGUAUAUUGGUAAUGAUAGAUCCAUGAUACUUUCAAAUUGUUUGUUUAGGUCAGGAGGGUGUGCUAUGAUUCUAACAAACAAGCCAAGUCUAGCUCAAAAAUGCAUGUUGAGGCUAAAUUGUUUGGUCCGAACGCACCAUGGUGCAAAAGAUGAAGCAUAUGGUUGUUGCAUACAAACCGAGGAUGAACAGGGUCGGGUUGGGUUUCAUUUAGGUAAAAACCUACCAAAAUCCGCAACUCGGGCAUUUGUUGACAACUUGAAAGUACUUGCUCCAAAGAUCUUACCAAUCCGGGAGCUACUCCGGUUUAGUAUCCUUUCUGUAACACUAAAAAUGCUCCAGAAUAGUCAAAAAAAGUCAUCAGGGUCACCCAGGCCCAUGAUCAACUUUAAGACUGGUGUGGAUCAUUUUUGUCUCCACACUGGUGGAAAAGCUGUAAUUGACACGGUCGCUCAGAGUCUUGGUCUAAGUGAAUAUGAUGUUGAACCGGCACGAAUGACUUUGCACCGGUUCGGCAAUACUUCAGCUAGUAGUGUUUGGUAUGUUUUAGGGUACAUGGAGGCCAAAAAAAGGCUAAAAAAAGGUGAUAAAUUGUUUAUGAUAAGCUUUGGGGCAGGUUUCAAGUGCAAUAGUUGCUUGUGGGAAGUUGUACGUGACCUGGAAGGAGUAGAAAAUGUAUGGAAAGAGUGUAAAAUCGAAGACUACCCACCACAAACCAUAAUUAAUCCAUUCAUGGAGAAAUAUGGGUGGAUCCAGGACGAAGACAUUAACACCUUCAAGAUACCAGAGUGAACAUUAAAUUACAAGCUAGGACGUUCGUAAAAAAAGGUCAUUUUAUUUUCCACGAUUCAUUAUUUAUUUAUUUAUAGAAAAGACAAAGGUAUAAUUUAUUGUGUGUAUCUUACUUUUAUUGUAUGUAAUAAUGUGAUUUAAAUGUUUAACGAAACACAAGCUACCAUUUGAUUUCCUAAA